UACUAGGCAAAUCGCAAAAUCACAAGAAAAAGUUUUUUUAUAUUCUCCAAAUUUUGAUGAAAAUCAAAAUAUGAAAUAAAUAUCUCACCAAUUCAUAAUUAAAAAUCAUAUUCAUGUUAAUAACUUAAAAAUUUAAUAUUAUUAAAUGAGAAAAACACUUCCAAAUCAGAGAAUUGUGGAGAAAAACACUGCAAAAAUGGAUCAAUGUAGAAAAAAACAUAAUGGAAAAAUAAAUAACUGAAAAGAUAAAUAUUUCAAAAUGGUAAACUGGUGUUCCAUCAAAGGUUGCUCAAACAAUUCUAAAAUUCCAGGAAUUAAACUUCAUAGGGUACCAAAAGACAAAUUAGGCAAAGAUUGGACUGCUGUAAUACAAAAAGUAAAUCCUAAUAUUGUACUUACAUCAUACAGUGUUGUAUGCAGUGAUCAUUUUGAUGUUUCUGACUAUUUGGUUCGAGGGAAAUUAGGGAAUACUUUCUUAAAAAAAAAUGCUAUUCCAAGUAUAUUUAAUACAAAUCCCCAAAAAGCACAUAUUUACAAUGUAGAAGAGUUUGUUGUUUUUCCAAAUUCAAGUAUUAAUGAUUUCAAUGAAGAUUCUGGUUCAAUGGAAUGUUUUAAUGAUGAAAAAGAUCUACCUUCUUGCUCUAUAACAGACCUUCCAGAACAUAAUAGUGAAGUAAAAAUUAAUGAAAACUAUACGUUUAAUAUUAUAUCUCCUGAAACUCCUGAAAAAUCAAGUUCAAUUAAUAUGAAGAAUUCUUUGAUAACUCCAGAAUUUGCUAAAUCGAGAAAAAGAAAAUGUUUCAUAGGAGAUUUCACUAAUGAAGACCUGAAUAGUCCAAAGCGACAGAAAAAAUUUUUAAAUGCAACCAAAAAAAUUUUGUUUAAGAAGAGAAAGCAAAUUAAAACGUUACAAAAACAAAAAGGCCGUUUAAUUAAAAAAAUACGUACAAUGAAACAAUUAAUGACACAUUUAAGAGAAGAAAAGAAGCUCAUCUCUCAAAAUUGUUUUUCUCAUCUCCAGGUUUUAAUUAUUGAAUUGAAAAAAUAUACAUGUAUUGUGUUCUGUGUAGCUAUGUAGUACUUAUUAAAUGUUUUAA